AUGGCGAACAACUUCAACAGUCGACAGAGGGCUGCCCUGAAGUCAGUUCCAAGGAACAAGCUGCUUCUGGAGACCGAUGCGCCUUACUGCCCCCCAGUUGGCAAGAAACUGAAUGCCCCAUCUCUACUUGACUACACAGCUGAGUCGGUGGCCACCAUUCUGGGAGACAUCUCACCGGAAGAAAAGUCUACAAAUUGUGAUCCAUGGUAUCAACAGCCACCACACCGCUCCAGGGAUCUAGCCACCGCCGCUCCUUCCAAGCCUAGCUCUGGUCGCAUCAUCUCAUUGUCGCAUAAUUUCCAUCUCAACAACAAUGAUGAUCAAGAAACAGGAAGCCUCCCUAACCAGCAGAAGCCUUUCUGUGAUGCACUGUGCCAGGAAGACCCAUUGUCCAAUCGCGGUGGAGCAAUGGAGGUAAAUAACAACAUGGGAGGGGAGUUGCCGGGCGUCGACCAGCCUGAUGAUGAAGGCAGGGGCUACCCGGAUCAGUUCAGAGACUCCUUAGAUGAGCGUCCAGCAAGCAACUCGUCAGCUGAUAGUCGAGGUAUGGAUGACUCUCCUAUUGACGAACCUGCGGAUUCUCAGGAUAGUCUCAAUGCAGAAAAACAGUAUCAGGAUGACCUGAAGGAGCGGGUCCGGCAAUCCUUCAAGGACCUUGGGAUGGAGCCUGAAGGCGUCCUUAAUAGAAAAAACCUUGAGGAAACCAAUAAGAGUGCCAAAAGAAAGAAAAAACAGCCAGCGUCAGAGAGACAAACUUCUCACAAAUCUGGAAGCAGUGGAUCUCGGGACGAUACCAGAGGGGGGAGUGUUGAAGAUGUGGCAUCUGAUCACAGUAAUGAACCUGCCAAUUAUGCAGAUGAGCCUGCCGCGUAUGGAGAUGAGACAAAUGCCUAUUCCAAGGAUCCCCAAGGACAAAGUGAACCUAUUAAUGGUUCAAAUGAUCCAAUUGCAAGUAAUUAUCCUGAUCCAGAAAGUGCAUAUGAAGAUCAAGCCACACCAACCAGAUAUCCUGAUGAUAGGGGCCAAGAGAAUGACAACCUCACUGGGGCAUAUCCCAAUGGAGAUGAUGAUCAGAUAUCACACCCAUAUGGGGAUAUAGUAAACAGUGAACCCACAGAGGAAGGAGACCAUGCAAAUGACAACACUGCAGGCCAGGUUGGUCUGUCCCCCAUAAGACAGCCAGAGGAAGUCACAGGUGUUGAAAACAAUGGAGCUCCUGUAAACUAUCCAGAUCAAGACCAAUUUGAGGAUACUGAGUAUGAGAAUAAUCCUGCUGAAGAUGAAGGCAUAAGGAACAAUUCUAAACCUGGUGUAGAUCCCACGGCGGAUAGUUAUCCUAAAGAAGAUAACUAUCCGGAAGGUGGAAACUAUCCUGAAAGGGAUAGUUAUCCCAACGAAGACGGAUACCAUGAGGAUGCUCGGUAUCCAGAAGAGAGUGGGUAUCCAGAAGAAGGCAAUUAUCCUCAAGGAGGUAGUUACCCCAAAGGGGAUGCUCAUGACAAUGUACCUCGUGAGAAUGCCUACAUGCCAGAAGACGAAAAUAACUACCCAAAAGGUCAAACCCCAUCGAUCUCCUCAAGUUACCCCAGGAGAUAUGAUAAUCAAGAUUAUGCAGAUGAUGAGGAACAAUAUGAUGACAGAAAUCAGGCACCACAUGAGCAACAGGAACCCUUUGAUCAAACACCAAAUGAUUCGCUUGAUUAUGGACAACCCACUAGGGAUUCAAAUAAUGCUGUACCACCCGAUUCAUUGGAUUUUGAGGAGCCUGAUAAUGCUGCAAUAAAUCGUACUGCCCUAGGUUUCCCAAACACCCAAGUUUCUGAAACUUAUCCCCAAGACUCAUUAGAUGAUGGGUAUCCAGAACAGGCACGUGAGCCAACACAUCCUAAUGAUACUCAUGAAAAAGAUGAUACAGAUGACAACGGUGCCGAGGAUGCACCUUAUGAUUCCUUAGAAGAAGAGGAGUCGUACAAUGUGCCAAAUACUAUCCCGCCUCAAAGAGAAGAUGAGUCGGCUAAUGCUCAUGCACCAAAACAAAACAGUCCUCAGGAAGAACGGCCAGGAAAUAAGCAGCCACUUAGCAUCUCGCCAUUACAUAGUGAUGUAGCUCUAAGGAGUGGUCACAGUAGUAAUAACUCGUCAGCCAAUUCUAGUAGGGAGAUUCUCGGUGGCUUGGGAUCAGGGAAGCAUUCAAAUUCACAUGGAUCUCCUAGUGCUGGGGGAUCUGCAGGAUUGAAAGACCUUCCUCCUCAAGGUAGAAGGAAGACCCCCUCAAGGUCUGGAAGUCGUGGCUUGGGAUCAAGAGGAUCCAAUCGUCCUAAUUACUCGGACCUUGCAAGACAGCGUGGUUCAGCAAAUCAAAAAGGGUCUGCUGGGUCAAACAGUAGCAACAAAAGGAGAUCACCACAGCAAAAUCCUCAAAGUCAAGGGAACACGGUGCAAGGAAAUCAAACCCGUGUCAGAAGUCUGAGUAAUAGGAUAAAGGCAACACCCAUCCCUGCUGAUGAGCUUUCUGCUAAGGAGCUCCUUAAGAGAACAAGGUCUAAAUCAGAUGCUGCAGUUGAGGUGCCAAGAGUUGAACACUCAGACUCUCAAAUUGUCAGGAAGAACGGAGAAGAGGUCCGGGUGGCUUACAUAUCUGAUGAUAGUGGAGACGAAGGAGAACACUUCCUUGAUGAGAAGGGAAGCCCUGUUGAUCACUUUGGCAAACCUCUUUACAGGGAUCUCCAUGGAACGCAGACGAAACCUGAAGAACCAAAAGUUGAGUUCCGGAUUAAGCCAACACCACCAAAGGAGAAAAGCCCGCUUGAGUUACAAACCAUCAAUGCCAGAAGGACAUCUGCUGAUGAUGGAAGAAGUCCCAGUGGCAAGAAAUCCCAUGGUGGAAAAAUUACAAUUGCUAAGCCCUUUCCAGUGGAGGAACCAAUUGUAAAAAAUGAAGUGGGAAAUCAAAAUGGUCUGUCAAAUGAAACACUUCCACCACGGCACAGCACACCAAAACAUAUCUCAGAACCUAUGAUACAGAAAACUGCUGCACAGCAAGAAGGGGUUAAUGAAUCAACUCGCCCUCCUCCCUUUCAAGAUAAGACAGAGAGUCCUAGCAGCAGUGCUUCAAAAUCAAGGACACCCUUUGGAGAGGUGAGACUUAGAAGUGUUGGCACAGUAAUGUCUGGAAAAUCCAUGGGUCGGGGUAGGACUCCACCUGUUUCAGAGACCAAAGAGGGAGACCCUUACAGGGAUCUGAGGUUUGAAACAGAUGCUGCCCAAAAGCAUGGUAGAGAUAACAAAUCUGCUGUUCAGAGAGCCAUCAACAAUGAUUUGGAAGUUGAGGAGAAGAAAAGCAUAACAAAUCACACUCCUCCGAAGACCAGGAAGCCACUAAGCAGCACGUAUAAGAAGGAAGACUUUGAAAAACCAGAAGAUUACCCAUCUGUGUCAAGGGGUGCUUCUGGAGCAAGCUACCAGGAUAGGGGCAUCCAAUAUACACCUCAGGCAGGUCAGAACAGGGAGCGGCAGACUUCGUCUAAAUCCCAGGGCACACAGGAUCCUAUGUUUCAACAACCCUACAGUGCACAACAAGGCCAUCCAGUCCAUCAUCAGGACGAGUUCAAUAACCAGCAUCAGCAUUUGUAUCCAAAUCCCCAGAGCCAGAGUACCAUGAAUCAGCAGCCAGGAUUCCCUGGUGCUGCACCACAACAUAGCCAGGGUAACUCAGAUGGCUUUAGGAUGCAGCAAGGCUGGGAGCAGCAGGCUCCUGGUGUUCCUUGGAGUAAUGCCCAUCCAUCACAAGUGCCUCAGCAGUUUUACGGGGCUCAGCCAGCACCACAGUAUAAUCCCCAGCAAGGAAGCCACAACCCUCCAGAGGAAUACUUCUAUAAUCAGCAGUACUCGGGUUACAAUGUUCCAAUGGAGAGAUCGGAUGUCCCAUAUCAAGACCAAGCACAAUACUAUGAUCAGCAGCAUCCAUAUGAUACAGGUUACCAAAAUAACCCAGGUCCUGCCACACAACAGGCAAGACCUCCAGGUCCUCAAGACUACAUCAACCAUUCCCAAAACCCAAGCAGGGUAUACCCAAAUCAGGGCAUGCAACCUGCACCGGGGCAGUAUCCUAAUCCAGGCCUACCAGCACAGAAUGAACAACCAAGGCAACGUGGCCCACCAAAGACAAAGCCAAAUUUCAUCGACCUGAACAAGACCAACCUAGCCCGCGGUCCACCUAGGCGGAAAUACUCAGAGAUGCAAAAGAAGGUUCCUACUCCGACUCGCAUCAACCCCAAGAAGCCCUUGCCAGACAUUUCUAGGGAGAGUUCACAGUAUGAUGACCCUUUGGUGGAGGAUGCACAUUAUCCAGGAAGUGCCCAGACAUGGGCUCAUGAAGACUGGACCCAUCAGCUGAUCCAAGAUCAGCGAAACCUACCUCUGAGACGUGGGCACUCAGACACCAACCUGUACAUCCAGAACCAAGGACCUGGUCCCAUCCCACAAGGGUAUUAUCCACAGGGAGUACCUGCCAUGUCUGGAUACAAUGAAUCUGGUCCAGGAUACACCCAAGCUCCUCAAGCCUUCCAGCCUGGAUACAAUCAGACCUACCCACAGGUCCUUCGCAGCAUGAAUGGCCAACCUUACAGCUACUCGGCCGAUCAUGCUACCCAGAUUGCCCGGAACAAUGGGUUUGCACGUCCUCAGAUGAGUGGGCCUCCUAGGGCCAGAGUAGCUUUCGCAGAUGACUACCACGACAGCUUUGAUUCUGACAUGAACCCCAUGGUUUAUGCUAAUGAAGGGACAGGCGCAGGGUACCAGCAUGCAACCAGGAGAACAAGCCCAUACCACGUGCUGCCUGAUAUACCUGGACAUUCCAAACCUGGAGAGGAUGGCACCUCGCCACUGCGCAAGAGUGAUCCAGACAGCUACACAGCCCGGCUCCUGAAACAGAAGCAGCCGCCCCAGUACAAAGAGUACACCAUCAAGGACUAUCGCAACCUUAAGAGCGACAUCAGGCUGGGCGGACUGGGACCUGACCCAGAUCUCAUCACAGAAAAGCAAGAGAAGGUGAACCGUCAGCGAGACUAUGCUAAGACUGUCAUGCAGCAGAAUAAGAAGCAGCUGCAACAGACAAAGAGACUGUGGCCCCAGGAGUCUGUCACGCCUAAAGAUGCCUCACCCUCCAAGAGAGACAUUGCCCUGGCGUAUUCCCAAAGGGUUCCCAAGCCCCAGGUCAGGUCCGAUUCACCUACUGACGGAGACGACUGGCCCAAAGAUUCACGGACAUUGGCCAUGGAGUAUUCCAAGAAGAUCCCUAAGCCUCGCAUGCCCACUCCGCCUGAGGUGUUGCAUGAGCGCAUGUACGGGGCCUUGUCCCGGCAACAUGGGGCAUCCUCACGGCAACUUGGAGCAUCCUCACGGCAACAGGCCCAGGAGGAGGAGGAGCAUGAGGAGAGGGCGGCGUCUGAGAUGGCCAGGCUCGAGGAGCUGAGAGCUCGUCAUAUGAAGGAGAAGGAAGAAGUGGAGAGACUGAAGAUGGAGGCACUGUCUUGAAGAAUGACCUACUUAAGACAUCAGGCUGAGGAAAGAAAAACUUGCUCUUCAUUUCAUGCAUACCAAGCAAGUGUAAAUACAGUGCAGGAAUUCAGGUCCCAUGAUAAUGAGAUCAUGUGUUUAAAGCGAAAAGAUACACGUGACUUGAAUCAAGUCUAGCACUCUAACGGGUUGUUUUCGAGCACCAAAUAUGUGCAUCCCAAAAUUCCUUAGCGUGAUGAAAACAAAGUGCAGAUUUCCAGGAGAUAGUUGAGUGCAUGUUUAUUUUCAGCUGUUUAACUCAAACUCCCUAGGGAUUUUUACUAGGAUGCACUCUUAAUCCUGCAAAAUCCUCCUACUGCCUCCAUGUAUAAAUUGCAUACAGCCUCAAUCCUCCAAAAUCUUCCAUUAUUUAUUGCAUGUGGUCCUUGGAAGGGUGACCACUGCCUCAAUCCUGCAAAAUCAUCCGGCAAUUACUGUCAAUAUGUUGAAGCAGAGCCAGUGACUUCCUGGAGCAGUGUGGAUGAUUACAAGUUUAAUCUAGGCCUGGCUGAGCAUAAACAGCACAAGGUCCGGCCUAAAACCUUGACACGGGGAAUCCUUCAAAAUUAACUACAUGUUUUUGCCAUAUACUGGUAGCCUCAAUCCUACAAAAUCCUCCAUUUUUUUAAGGAGGAUUUUGGAGAAUUGUGAAGGCUAGGGUUAAUGAUCUUUCACAUGUUUUAAAGUAAAAAAAAAAAAUGCUUUCUGGUCGAAAGUGCUUCUGAAAUCAAAGGAAAAUUUGAUUUCUUCUUAAGUAUUUUGUUGCGGUGUUGCAAAGUGAUGCUUCCUGUAUUUGCUCUUUUUCAAUUUGCUGAAGAAUUCCGUCCAUUUGUGAACUCUUUUCCAACCGAAUUUCACUAUUUGCAAACAUCAUGGUCAUCUUAUUAUUGAAAUUUGAAUAGAGUUAGGGGAUACAUAUACAUGUACAUGUCAUCCAAUUUGAAUCAGAUACAUUUCUUGAUGGAAUUUUUUGUAUAAAGAAGAUAUCAUUUAUUGUAAAGUUUUGCCGUUUCGUUUGCCUACAUGCACCUGAAAUGUUUGCCUACAUUGCACUGUUUUUGUUUGUACAUAGCCAGAAUCGAGUGCUUGCAACCUAUAAAGAAAUAUUAUAUUUUGUGUAAACUGUUUUAGGAGGUGAUUUAACCAGUCCAUAAUGAUUAAGUAAAAUAUUGGUUGUAUAAAAAAAAUGUUCUGGAAUGUUUGUAAAUGAAAUUUACCAUUAAAGCAUUUUAAACUAAUAUACAAGUACCUGUAUUUAAGGGAAUUGUUAACAUGUGUACAUUUUUAAAAGGUUUUACUUUGUGUUAAGAGGGGCAAAAUGUGUGACAGAGAACAUGAUGUAACAACCAAAGUUGUUUGAAAUUGAAUAAGAUCUGAAACUUUGCAUGGCGGUAUAUCACUAUGAACAUCUUCAUCCCUUAAGAAUUCUUUAAAGAGCCAUUUUCCCUUGAAAUUACAGUUAACUAAUUUUU